AUGGAGUCACAUGAUGAAGCGCCAUACUUUUGCAUGGCGGAUACAAGAUGUCGUCUCUGCCAGUUCGAGUUGGAAGAAGGCGACUUGGUCAUCGCACACAUUGGGGGUCAACGAUUUUCGAUGGAGUUUAACCUCCGUAUGGCCGACACUAUACACGACAGUUAUGAAUGGAUCAAUUUGCACACUUGUGCCAGUCCUCGAUGCAUGGCAGAGGGUCGCCGCAUACCUUUCUUUCACAACGACUGUUUUUGCUUCAGGCUCUACGACAUCUCGGAUGCGCUGGUCGCUGCUGGAGACUACGCUUUCGAUCCUCCUGCAUACGAGAGGAACAGGCGUUCUCAUCGCAUUAAGCGCCUUCUGGCUCCAAAGUUGAGGGACGAACUUCAAAUUAGACUUCCGGCUGAGACAUUGAUGGCCAUAGCUGGACUUCUUGUCCGUGAAUGUGCUGUCAUCACGGCAGAAGAACAGUCGCUUGGGGUCAAUGUCUUUGAUAUGACCGUUGACCUUACACAAGAUGUGUACAUUAGUUACACUACUGUCGAUGGCGUACGCUAUGUGAAGAGUAUUGGCAACACGUUGUCAAAGUUUUGUAACGAAGAUCACCCUGAAUUACUCAGCAAGCCGGGAGAACCUGUCGGUAAGAUAUGGAUCGCUGAAGAUUAUCGUGGGAUCCGCUCUGUAAAGUUCUGUCCCGCAGAUGCCUCAUUAGCAGGACCUACACCAAUCGUGAAGUCGUGGUGGAGACACAUCUCUACUCCGUGUAAUGUUAAAAACAUCACAAUUAAAUCUGACGGUCUCAAACUGAGAGACAUUCUUGUUUGUAAUGAGACGAUACCAGAUGACACCAGCAAUUAUGUUGGUUGGGCGAACCCUGAACAUCCAAACGAUGUCAUUGAUAUCACAACGUUCGAUCGAGUCAAUAGCUUUCUCGAGAGACUUCGGAUGACGUUCUUCAAUUGCAAUGCCAAUGGUAUAACCGGAUACACGGCAGUGACUGGCGGAAGUUCCGUUGCAAUGAUUCAUGCUCAUGAGAAUGAUAGUACUCGCUUUUAUACAGAUAUGGACGCUGCUUAUCCGCGCGGCUUCUUUAUCCAUAUGCCACUUGACGAUGGAGAAUUCGUGACUGAGAUAUGUCGAAGAUAUGCACUAGCAGCGGGAAAUAGGAUUUCGGCCUGUCUCGUGUUCAUUACGAAUAAAGGUAGAAGCACACUCUUUGGAACAAGCGGCCCACCGGAAUCGUGCCUCGUGCUCGAUAAGAUUCUAACGCCUGCACCGAAUGGAACGCAGGUCUGGUUCAACGAUUCAACAUCGGGGCACCCGAAGUCGCUCAGAUAUCUUGCAUUUGAUGGACUUAUGCCACCCGUCCAGCGUCCUUUCCCCCCUUCACUUAUACCAAACCCUCCGUACUUCUGGACCCAGAACACCGAGUCAUGGUUUGUAUCAUCAUGCAGUAUGGAAGGAAUUGUGUAUAUGACUCUCUGCAGAGAUACAUCAUUUGAUCAUCGACCAAUCACCGGAAUUUUGCUAGAAUAUGAAAAUGGUCACCGGGAAUGCCUGGGCCAAUUCCGCUUUGAUAAGGCCCUCAAAAAGGUGCGAGUAGAGCAUACAACGGACCUGUAUAUUGGUAGCUUGAGGACCACAUGUUCAUACCUCUAUAUUGCAGACAUUGCCACCUCUCCACUACACGAUGACGGAGGCCUGGCUUGGAUGCGAGUUUCUCGACAUGGUACACUUGAAUGGUGGUCGUCUUUUCGUCAUUCCAUAGUGCGCUACACAUCUACUACAGGACAGUUCACCAACUUGGAAACAUGA